AUGUACUCAUCGUAUGUUUUAAAAGGGGACAAGGACGGAGAUGAAGGUCGAUCAAACAAGCACGAUGUUGAUUUGAAUCGUGAUUUUCCGGACCAAUUCAGGAAAUCCCUUUGGGAGAAGUUCAAGGAACCAGAAACAAUAGCUGUGAUGAAUUGGAGUGAACAGUAUCCAUUUGUGCUCUCAGCCAGCAUCCACGGCGGUGCACUAGUUGCUGUCUAUCCGUUUGAUGGUAGUUCUAACGAAACAGCCUAUCAUGCAGCUACCCCAGACGAUGAAACUUUUCAACAUCUUGCUGGUGUUUAUAGUCAGACUCACAAACGUAUGUAUUCUGGUUCAGCACAUUGCAAUCCCAAGGUUUUCUCUCACGGAAUUUCCAAUGGGAACGCAUGGUACCCUCUGUUUGGCGGAAUGCAAGACUGGAACUAUUUACACACUGGAUGUAUGGAAAUCACUUUGGAGUUAAGCUGUGAUAAGUAUCCACGAGCAGAUCGUCUCAUGCAAUACUGGAAAGAAAAUAGAUAUCCCCUGAUCCGAUUUGUCGCUGAGGUUCACCGGGCUUUAAAAGGUUUCAUUAUCGAUGGAUCCACAACAUUACCGAUAGGGAAUGCAUCGAUUCACGUGUUGGGAAAUUCUCACGUAGUUCGUUCUACCAUCGAAUUAGGAGAAUAUUGGCGUCUCCUCCCCCCAGAUGGACAGGUUACUCUCUGGGCUUCGAAGACUGGUUAUUUUGAUUCAGACAAGAUUACGAUCAGCGCAGCUCAACUGCCGUUCGUCGAGCAAACGCGACAGGAACAACUGAAUUUCACUCUGUGGCCGUCCAAUACAGAAGAUUGGUCGAUAGAAAUCGAUUUUGGCAUUCAGCUCAACCAACGACCUUCCUAUUUCGCACAACCCAGCGUGAACGCAGCCGUCCGAUCAACCGCAAUCGGUGAUUUCGUCAGAUUGUUUCAUUUGGACUCCACGGAACAGGCAAGUAGUGUACUCGGUGCUGAGUUAACCAUCGUGGCCCAUGGAAUGAAGCGGGGAACAGCAGCAGAUCAAGCAAAAAUCCAUUUGGCGAAAGAUAUUCGCCCUUUGCCUGGUCGCACACGUAUCCUCUUAUUAGCCGGACUACAUGAACACGAUUUGGUAUCCACUGAGAUGACUAUUCGAAUGCUUCGUCACUACACUGUCGGUCUAAAUAUGCUGGAUCGACAUGUUUCUCAUCUGCUGUCAACUCAGUUAGUUGUACUGCCUUAUUUGGAUCCCACGGGCAUUAAUCGUGUAGCCAAGUUGGCUCGUUCACCGGAUUCUAGCGAUUCUCUACCCGGGAUUUGUUUGGUUCAUGGGCCACAAUUCGAGGACACUCUAGAAGCGCUACAAUCGGCUCAUAAUUCGCUGAAGACCUUGGUUCGCUCAUUUCGGCCUCAUCUGAUUUUACUUCUGACAUCAAGUCCGAGUGUUUUGACUUCGUGGAGUGUGCGAGGCACUUCUUUUGCCGCACCUAUCUCACCUGUCUUCGUUCCUCAUAUGUCGGCAGCCGGUGUAUCACCAACGGACCUUCUCGGUGAUCUCGCAUACGAAUAUGCCAACGGAUUCGGAAUGUUGAAUCAAUCCAAUCCGCUCUGUGAUCGAACAAGCGACAGGCCUCAAAACGGUGAGACCUUUUUGUCGUGA